AUGGCCACGCGCGACGCCAGCCAGCCUCGCGCAGUAGCCAACAGCGUGGAGCCCGCGACUGCAAGACCCACGCGCGGCGACGAGACCUACGCCGGCGCCUUCGACUACAAGGGCUACGAGACCAACAGCACGCUGCCGAGACACUGCCACCACGAGCAGCGGAACCUCCACUGGAACAAGCAGCGCUCCAACUGGAACCAGCGGAACACCAACUGGGACUCGCAGAACUCCGGCUGGAACCAGCAGCGUCCCGGCCGAAACCAGAAGAGCUACGAGAACCAGAGGAACUCCUACGACCGCCAGCUGCGCAACGAGAAGCAG